AUGCAAGGAAACCCUCUUCUUCAACGGGAGCCCCUGGGUGUGCCGCACCGCGGUAUUGCGCUGACGCAUCCGUCGAACCCCGUCGUCUUCAUGGACAUCGUGUGCCCCAAGGCGGUGGCGGGCACGGGGCAGAGCGAGCAUCCGUACCGGUUUUUGUUUGAGCUCUUCGCGGACCUGGCGCCCACGCUGGCGGCAAAUGCACAUGGCCUCUGCAUUGGCAGCACGACACGGCUGGUGGAGCAGCGGCCACAGCCGGCGGGCUACAAAGACACAGUCCUGCAUGACACGUUCGUCGGGCAGCACGUCGUUGGUGGCGAUGUGAUGGACAGCGGUGGCAGCGGCUUCUUUUCCGCCCUCGGCGAGCGGCAGGGGCCACUGCAGGUACCACCAAGCGAGCUGCAGGCGCUUGUGGGGAAUGCGCCGUCCCGCUGCGAGCGCCACCAGGGGUUGUAUAUGCAAUACUGGAACUACGCCCCUGCUGCCGCUGCGGUGGCAGCGAAGGUCGCGUCGACGUUCCGCAUCGACACAGUGGAGCGCGGCGCUGAGGAAAAGAUGCCGCCGGACGGUGUUCUCGUGGGGAGGAUGGUGCACCGGGACGCGGAGGCACGUGCGGAGGCGGCACGGCAGCUGCUGGAGUUGUCGAAGGCUAUCUUCCAUGCGAAACGGAAUUCCAUGCCGCAGCUGCUGCCGAAGAUCGUGUUAUGUGGUGAGAUGUGA